CAUCUGUAAAUUACGACUAUUACUUCUAGAACGGGUAAGGCUCCUACAACCCUGGCUAACGUUUUGCGAGGCUUUAUCCGCCCAACCCCGUUAACUGACUGUCGACCGCGUCUCUUUCAUUGUCCUGUCCAACUCUUUUCACUCACUCAGUCGCUCUUUCCGUGGAAUGUUCUAUACCCGCAGACCUCCAACUCUAUCUAUAAAUGAGUUGAAUCAUAUUCUCAGCGAGUCGCUUGACAUAGAAAGAUUCGAAUCCAACGUUAACGUUCCCGAGACUAUCCUUCAUCACGACCCACUCCCUUCCACCCCCGAAAAAUCAAAAUCAUCCCCAUUCCACCGCUUGUUCUCUCGCUCGUCAACACAUCUACCUCUCAUUCCACGUUCACCCACGAAACAAGUACACGAGCCUGUCACACCGAGCCCUCGCAAGAUGGCUUUUACUUGGAGUUUAUCGCGUUUAUCGCCUCAUAGGUCUCGCAGACCUGAAGGUCAUAUGGUGGAAGGUUUCGCAGGCGUCUCAUCGAAUCGCUCUCGCUCGUCAUCUGUCACUUCUGCCGUUGUAUCACCUUCGAGAACCUUGACUAGCAUGUCUUCGACCUCUAGCCUUGGUUCAGUGAUACCUACGUCCGAGCGUUUCUCCAAAUGCCUCGCGGAAGAAAUCGCAUGUACGGAAACAGGGAAUGAGACCCUCAGUACGAGGAGAUCUCCUUCGCCAUCUCCAGUUGCGAUAUCCCGUUCUCGGCUUUCUCCGAUGCAAAUGACCCACUUUCCACCCGCACCGCGUUCGCCGCUGCAGCUCCUGUUUGGUAAUAAAUCAUCAUCGAGUAUCGUCCCUAACGGAGCAAUGACGGGUGCGGUUGGCAUGGAAAGGAGGUCUGGCACCUCCAUAACCGAAUGCAAGGACGUCGAAUCUAUCGAUGAUGACAUCACACCUCGAGCGACUGAAUUUACCAUUUCAUCGCGCAGACGUAGUGACAGUACCGUCCAGGCCAAAACACGACGACGGCCCUCAGCAUUGACAUUGAUUCUUCCUCAAGAGAUUGCAUCCCUCUGUCUUCAACCAGCGAUCGGAGUAUCACCCCAUGUGCCCUCUGAUACUGAAGGUUCCGUCUCCGCGUGCUCCCUCUCAUCUCCUACAUCCAUGACCGCAUCAUGUCAGCCUUCAUCCUACGUUCCUUCGGUCUCAUCUAGCGCACUUGCGUCGUCUGCCUCUAGCAUGAAAUCGGCAACUUCAACAACAUCAUCUUUUCCCUGGUCUUCUGCACGGGCUGGAUCCCGUUCCGUGAUGACCCCGCCAUUACCGGGACCUCCACCCAGUAGCCCCCUUCCUCCCCUACCUAUUUUAAUGGCGCAAGAUCCCGAUGUCCUCACGCCCCCGAACGCACCAGUCCCUCUACCAACAGUCAACCCGACUCCCUCAAAACGUGCUCGCACCCCCGUGCGUACUGGCUCGCCUUCGGGCACAGCCGCAAUUCCCCCUUCUCCUGGAAGUCUGCGACUCCCUUCUCGUUUGAGCUGGGGUGCUACAGGACGCAUCGUGGUCCCACUUCCGUCAAGUCUACCCAGUCCGCCUUCCUCCCCUUCGAAAGAAGGGAGAAAGAAAGAACUUUCCCCGUGCUCCCCCACCAAGAACCAGAAGAACGGCAUGUCCAAUGCCACUUCCUCUUCCCUAGGCAAGCGUGCAAGUAUUGGGAUAUUGGAGGCUGCCAGUGACUUGGAAGCUCAAGUGCGGCGCACGAAGAGCAUACUGGUACUAGGCACUCGGCGCUCAAAGGGGACGAUUAGCUGCACCGAUUCACCUCCGAAACGCGUGCAGAUCCAUGCUGAGGCAAAUCCCGAUACUGAGAGUCCGCCAAAGAAACCAAGGAGGAAGUCGAGUGCUGCUGCCACAAUGCCGUUUCUCGCAGUCCCGCGGGAGCGGAGAAGAUCCGCUCCGCUACUGCGAAGUGGAGCCACAUCGAAGGCUACGUCUAUCACACCUGCAUGUGCAGACUGGACACUGUCGCUGCCUUUCUGCAUCGACAUACCAGGGGGCAUAUGUGUGCCAACCCCUCCUUCAGAGGACGGUGCCCUUCAUGAAGCCGAUGAAGCCCUGCAAGUAGCACAAGGGGAUGACUGGACCCUUUCCCUCGGUGCAGAUCGUCAGAUUCGCGCAAUGAAUGGGGAAGGGGUGGCGAGCGAUGGUCUGCAACUCAAGGACAGCGCAGAAGAACAAAUUUCCGUAACUGCACAGCUUCCUACGCCAAGUGCCACACCCGAGCCCGAGGAUGACACUUCAACAUUACCUCUACCCGCCCUCUUCGCGCCCUUCCCCCGGCCAGAUUCUCCCGCGAGUCUUGGUCCUCACGGUGGUGGCCUUGAUCUUGAUGGAGGGUGUGGGAAGCGAGGUUCUGGUUGGGAUGCUUGCGGGUGGUUUGGGCUCGACACCAUGGACGAACCCCAAAUGGGGGACACAAGACCUGUCUCUAUGUUUAACUCGGAAGCAUCAUGGAUCCGCCGGAGCUGCGACACUGGUGCUCCCCGGAGGAGUAACGUUGGUUUUUCCCGAAGGAGCCACGAGGAGCGGAUACGCUCCCCGAGCGAGGAUAGCACCGCGACGACUUGUACUGUGGACACCCUUUUUUACAGUGCUCGCACCAGUAUAAUUGUCAUGUGAUUGUUUCAUGGAACGUUCCAAUUGAUUUCUCGUCGACUUCCUCGCGUGUAUCCCUCCAAAAGUACCUCUCCACCGCUAAUAUCUCCGCCAAGUUUCCGAACCAUGAACGCCCGCCCCAAUAGGAUCCCGGCCUUAAGGUUCCCAACCACAUCUAAACCCCUAUAUUUCUGUAUCUGCUACGCAUGUCUUGGUCUUGGUGAUAUAUCUCAGGCUGUUGUAUCUACUGUAUAGUAUUCGCGAACGCUGUGCUGUCAAAAGAUUCGGAAGAGGUACUUAGCCUAACUUACAUUAGAUGCCUAUUUAAAGACGUAGUAUGUCCCUUAUAUAUGAAACCG